CAAAUAAGAAGGGGAAGAAAACACAUACAGAAAACCUUUGUAUUCUUGAUUUCUUUGCUCUAGCAGCUCAUCUUGGUGUGCCCAUGGAUUUCUUUCUAAGUGAAACAUUCCAAUACUUCCGAAAAAAAUUGCAGUUGACAGAUGUGCGCACUCUCUUUACUUUCCCCGAGACCAACCCAGGAAAGGGUACCGGCUAUCAGGUUAUAAUGAUAGAAGAUGAGAAAAUUGAAGAUUCAAUGUCGUCUCUGGAAACAACAGAAAAUGCUGAAGCUUUAAGAGGAAAAGACACGGUUGAACAGAAAAAUCGUCAGAGCAACUUUCGAUUUCAGAAUGUAGUUAUGAAGCUGGAUCACGAGCCACCUCCUCCAGGGUCCAUUGGCAGCUCCGAGUUCCGAAACAGAAGCGCUCAUUUGCUGUUACUGAUUUCAACUUGUGCAGCAGCAGGGAGCCUUCUCGUAGCCUUUCAGCUGCCGAAUUUGCUUCCUGUCAAAGUCUCAAGUAAUCAUUCCGGCGGAAUGUUCCCCCUGCUCCUUUACUUUAACUCCAUCAUCUUUUUUGCAUCAAUGGCCUUGAUCACAAUCCUUAUGCACAAGCUUCCAAUCCUUCCAUGGCUACUAAUCUCAGUGUCUUCUAAAAUUGGAGCUUAUAUGUGUGCAGUCAUAGCCAACUCUCCUCCUGACGUUGUGCCUGUGCUUUUCAUCGGAAGUUCCAUCUUUGCAGCUGCUUUCUUGCAUUGCGUGGCUCCGCAGCGCAAGUCGUUCAAUCUUCUCCGGUGAGCUUUCUCCGGAUGUCUUCAAAAACUGCUCAUGCCAAUAAACCUUAACUACUACUACUACUACAAAGAAAGAAAAAAUAAAAAUAAAAAGCAUGUGUGAUUCUGAGUCAAGAGCACUAUAUGCCUGUGCUAGCUUGUUUACUUGAAUUGAUGGAGCUUCUCAUGGCUUCCAGUGUUGUAGUUUCUGUUUUUUAUUUUCCUGUAAAACUUAAAAUGCCCAGAUAUCAUGGAUAAUAAUUUUCAAAAAUAAUGUUAUGCUGUUGUUUUUAGACAA